UUUGAGUUAUUAUUAAUUAGUUCAACUUUUUUUUUUGAAAGGAAUUAGUUCACCUUAAGCAUUACUAAUCGGUGUUUUUUAUUCCAAUAUUUCACACCAUGAAGCUUGGGUUUGUUGUAAUGCUCUUUGCAAUGGUCACUUCACUACCUUAUGCUGUAGGUAAUCCUCAGGAGGCAGAAGCUCUCUUGAAGUGGAAAGCCAGCCUUGACAACCAAACCCAGACUUUGGUGCUCUCUUCAUGGACAAGUAACAGUACUACUCCAUGCAAUUGGCUGGGAAUUCAAUGUGAGUCCAAAUCCAUCUCUAUCCUGAAUCUUACAAAUGUUGGACUCAAAGGUACACUUCAAAGUCUCAACUUGUCAUCACUUCCAAAACUCCGCACCAUAGAUUUAAGUAGCAAUUCCUUGUAUGGAGUUAUACCUCACCACUUUGGGUUGAUGUACAACUUGGAAUCUCUGGAUUUGUCUAGUAACAACCUCUUUGGUAUCAUUCCUUCCAUAAUCGGAAACUUGACAAAGGUCAAGGUGUUAUAUGUAUACUCAAACCAACUCACUGGUCCAAUUCCAUCUUCCAUAGGUAACUUGAUCAAUUUGGAUUUAUUUGACCUUAGUGAAAAUAAACUUUCUGGCCCAAUUCCUUCCACAAUUGGAAACUUGAACAAGAUCAGAGUAUUAUCUUUAUGGUCAAAUCAGCUCACUGGUCCCAUUCCAGCUUCCAUAGGUAACUUGGUCAAUGUGGAAAACGUUUUUUUUUAUAAAAAUAAACUUUCGGGUCCAAUUCCUUCAACCAUUGGAAACUUGACAAAGACCAAAGUAUUAUCUCUAUGGUCAAAUCAGCUCAUUGGUCCAAUUCCAGCUUCUAUAGGUAACUUGGUCAAUGUGGAAAAUGUUACCCUUCAAGAAAAUAAUCUUUAUGGGACAAUUCCUUCCACCAUUGGAAAUUGGACAAAGGCCAAGGUGUUAUAUUUAUACUCAAAUCAACUCACUGGUCCAAUUCCACCUUCCAUAGGUAACUUGAUCAAUUUGGAUUUAUUUGACCUUAGUGAAAAUAAACUUUCUGGCCCAAUUCCUUCCAAAAUUGGAAACUUGAAAAAGAUCAUAGUAUUAUCUUUAUGGUCAAAUCAGCUCACUGGUCCCAUUCCAGCUUCCAUAGGUAACUUGGUUAAUGUGGAAAAUGUUGCCCUUUAUGAAAAUAAUCUCUUUGGGCCAAUUCCAUCCACCGUCGGGAACUUGACAAAGGCCAAGGUGUUAUAUUUAUACUCAAACGAACUCACUGGUCCAAUUCCACCUUCAAUAGGCAACUUAAUUAAUUUGGAUUUAAUUGACCUUAGUGAAAAUAAACUUUCUGGCCCAAUUCCUUCAACCAUUGGAAACUUGACAAAGGCGAGAGUAAUAACUUUAUGGUCAAAUCAGCUUACUGGCUCAAUUCCGACUUCCAUAGGUAACAUGGUCAAUGUGGAAAAUGUUACCUUUCAAGAAAAUAAUCUCUAUGGGCCAAUUCCUUCCUCCAUUGGAAAUUGGACAAAGGCCAAGGUGUUAUAUUUAUACUCAAACCAACUCACUGGUCUAAUUCCACCUUCCAUAGGUAACUUGAUCAAUUUGGAUUUAUUUGACCUUAGAGAAAAUAAACUUUCUGGCCCAAUUCCUUCCACAAUUGGAAACUUGAAAAAGAUCAGAGUAUUAUCUUUAUGGUCAAAUCAGCUCACUGGUCCCAUUCCAGCUUCUAUAGGUAACCUGGUCAAUGUGGAAAAUGUUACCCUUCAAGAAAAUAAUCUUUAUGGGACAAUUCCUUCCACCAUUGGAAAUUGGACAAAGGCCAAGGUGUUAUAUUUAUACUCAAACCAACUCACCGGUCCAAUUCCACCUUCCAUAGGCAACUUAAUCAAUUUGGAUUUAAUUGACCUUAGUGAAAAUAACCUUUCUGGCCCAAUUCCUUCAACCAUAGGUAACUUGGUUAAUGUGGAAAAUGUUACCCUUUAUGAAAAUAAUCUCUUUGGGCCAAUUCCAUCCACGAUCGGGAACUUGACAAAGGUCCGAAGAUUAUCUUUAACUUUCAAUGCACUUAGUGGCAACCUUCCGGUAGAGAUGAACAAGCUUACUGGUUUGGAAAACUUGCAGUUAAGUUACAAUAAAUUCACAGGCUAUUUACCUGACGAUAUUUGUGUGGGUGGAAAGUUGAAAAAUUUCACUACUACCAAUAACCAGUUCACAGGUCCAGUUCCAAGGAGUCUGAAGAAUUGCUCCAGCCUCAUAAGAGUCAGGCUUGACCAGAACCAACUGUCUGGAAAUAUAACAGAUGCUUUUGGUGUAUAUCCAAAUUUGCUCUACAUUAAAUUGAGUGAAAACAAUUUUUAUGGCCACCUUUCACCAAAAUGGGGAAAGUGCAAUAACCUGACAGCCCUUAUAGUCUCGAACAAUAAUUUAUCAGGUGGUAUACCACUAGAGCUGGCUAAGGCAACCAAUUUACAUGUUCUUAUCUUGUCCUCAAACCAUCUGACAGGAGAAAUUCCAAAGGAGUUAGGCAACUUGAAGUCAUUGAUCAAACUCUCGAUAAGUGGAAAUCAUAUUUCAGGAAAUAUUCCAAUGGAGUUGGCAUCAUUGCAGGAACUUGCUAUCUUAGAGGUUGCAGCAAAUAAUUUGAGUGGGUUCAUCCCACCACAACCUGGAGGUUUUCCUAAGCUAUGGAAUUUGAAUUUGAGUCAAAAUAAUUUUGAGGGAAGUAUUCCUGUUGAGUUUGGCCAGUUAAAAGUUCUUCAAAGUCUUGAUCUUUGUGGAAAUUUUUUGGGUGGAACCAUACCACUAGCGCUUGCACAAUUGAAAUCCUUAGAAAUAUUGAAUUUGUCACAUAAUAAUCUUUCUGGAGUCAUUCCCUCAGGUUUCGAUGAGAUGUUAAGCUUGACAACUGUUGAUAUAUCAUACAAUCAAUUAGAAGGCCUAGUUCCAAGCAUUCUAGCCUUCCAAAAAGCUCCUCUAGGUGCCUUCAGAAAUAACAAAGGGUUGUGUGGUAACGCAUCUGGCUUGGAGUCUUGCUCAACGUUAAGCGAAAAAUCUCAUGAUCAUAAGAAUAACAAAAUCUUGUUGGUAGUCUUACCCCUUACCUUGGGCACUCUAAUACUGGCACUUUUUGUUUGUGGAGUCAAAUAUCAUCUCCGCCACGUUUCAAGCGCCACAAUAAAUGAGCAUGCAGAAACACAACCACAAAAUCAAUUUUCAAUAUGGAGCUUUGAUGGGAAAAUGAUGUAUGAGAACAUAAUUGAAGCCACGGAAGAUUUUGACAGCAAACAUCUCAUUGGGGCUGGAGUGCAUGGAUGUGUUUACAGAGCAGAAUUGUCCGCUGGUCUAGUUGUGGCUGUGAAGAAACUUCAUUCUUUACAAGAUGGAGAAAUGUCUAUUCAAAAAGCUUUUGCAAGUGAGAUCCAAGCUUUGACAGAUAUCCGACAUCGUAACAUUGUGAAGUUAUAUGGAUUUUGUUCACAUUCACUACACUCAUUUUUAGUUUAUGAGUUCUUGGAGAAGGGCAGUGUUGACAAGAUUCUAAGAGAUGAUGAACAAGCAACUGCAUUUGAUUGGAAUAGGAGGAUGAAUGUCAUUAAGGAUAUAGCUAAUGCUUUAUGCUAUAUGCAUCAUGAUUGCUCACCUCCAAUUGUUCAUCGCUACAUAUCCAGCAAGAAUGUUCUUUUGGAUUUAGAUUAUGUGGCUCAUGUCUCAGACUUUGGAACAGCUAAGCUUCUUAAUCCUAAUUCAACAAACUGGACCUCAUUCGCAGGCACCUUUGGAUAUACUGCUCCAGAACUAGCUUACACAAUGAACGUGAAUGAGAAAUGCGAUGUGUAUAGUUUUGGAGUAUUAGCAUUGGAAAUACUUUUUGGAAAGCACCCUGGGGAUUUCAUAUCUUCACUGAGUGCUGCGAGCUCAACACUUGAUGCUAUGUCUUUGAUAGAUAAGUUGGACUUACGUCUCCCUCACCCUAUAAAUCCUGUUGUCAAGGAGGUGAUAUCAAUGACAAAAAUAGUUGUUGCCUGCCUAACGGAAAGCCCACGCUCUCGCCCUACCAUGGACCAGGUUUGCAAGGAGCCCGUAAUGUCGAAUUCUUCUUAAGCCAAAAGUUUGGGCUUGCCGAACGUGCUUUGGCAUUACUUCUUCCUUGUUUUGCAAUUUGUAAACUGUUUUUGCUAGUAUUAUCAAUCAUUGCCUAAGUUACAACUCUCGUGCAUGCUCAUCAAUGUCCAUAAUUUUCUCCACACUGCUAUAUUGGAUCCUGAUUCCUGAAAGAGAAUUUUACAAACAAAAAAAAUAUAUAUGAAGAAGUUUCAACAAUCAACCAUAUAAAUCACAAUGCUAAGGAGAAAUGAUUGCUAUACAAGACACUGAUACCUUCUCCUACAUGCACUCUGAUCAUUUUACAACUUCAUUUGAUGUGGCAUUAGUAUUCAAUUGUUGUUGUUA